UGUGCUCUGCCGAGCCGUCUUCGCCCGGCUCUGGGCGGGCUGAGUCACGGCCCGGCUCGGCCCGGCCCGAGCCAGGGAAGACGAGCCCUGCCGCCCCGCCGCCGCUGCCUCCAGGGCCCUGGGGCCUUUGCACCUGUCAUUUCCAGCCUGGCACCAAGCCUUCAGCUGUCACCCUAGCGAAGACUCCUUAGCUUUUUAUACCCUUCAUUUUCCAGUUUAUUCUGUGCUUAUUUCACGGUCAGUCUGGUGACCCUGUAGGUUGCGCUUGGAGGGGCCGUGUCUGCGGCAACAGACUGCCGUGGUCUGGGCGUUGGGCGCCCGGCUGACUCCGGGGCUGGGGCGGCCCCCGCGGUCUCCAUGGUAACGGCCCCGCCGGCGUCUCCGCCUCUAGGGGAAGAUGCGGCCUGCAGGGCCCGCAGCCUCGCUCGCGGCCGGACGGCGGCCGCUGAAGACGGAGGCCCAGGCCGCUGGCCUGCGGGGCAGCGGGCACCAGCCGGAGAAAGAAACAAGCAGCUCAUGGAGAGGCUGAAAGAAGCGAUUUUCGAGCGCUACCCAAACUCGAAGAGUUAACUUCAGCAACUGGACUCACCGACUGGUUUUCCUUCAUUUUCAGUGAAAUCCCAUUCUCUGGCUGGAGACACAGAUGGCCUCAAAUGAGAGAGAUGCUAUAUCGUGGUACCAAAAGAAGAUUGGAGCAUAUGAUCAGCAGAUAUGGGAAAAAUCAAUCGAACAGACUCAGAUUAAGGGCUUCAAAAACAAACCAAAAAAGAUGGGUCACAUAAAGCCAGACUUGAUUGAUGUUGACUUAAUCAGAGGCUCAACAUUUGCCAAAGCCAAGCCUGAAAUUCCAUGGACAUCUCUAACUCGGAAGGGGCUUGUUCGAGUUGUAUUUUUUCCGUUGUUCGUUAAUUGGUGGAUUCAGGUUACCUCUUUAAGAAUCUUUGUUUGGCUGCUACUGCUUUACCUCAUGCAAGUUAUAGCGAUCAUCUUAUAUUUGAUGAUGCCUAUUGUGAAUAUAAGUGAAGUACUUGGACCCUUGUGCCUUAUGCUACUCAUGGGAACUGUCCACUGUCAAAUUGUGUCUACUCAGAUAACAAAGCCGUCAGGAAACAAUGGAAAUCGGAGAAGAAGAAAAUUACGAAAAACUAUAAAUGGUGAUGGGAACCGAGAAAAUGGAACUAACUCCUCUGAUAAAGUCAGAGGAAUAGAAACUUUGGAAUCUGCACCCAUUAUUGGUGGUUUUUGGGAAACACUCUUUGGCAACAGGAUUAAAAGAGUAUCUAACAAAGGGACUGAAACUGACAAUGAUGCAAGUUGUCUCCAUCCUAUCAUUAAGAAGAGACAAUGUCGACCAGAGAUGAGAAUGUGGCAAACAAGAGAGAAAACAAAAUUUUCAGAUGGAGAAAAGUGCCGUAGGGAGGCUUUUAGGCAUUUGGGUAAUGGGAUUUCAGAUGAUCUGUCAAGUGAGGAAGAUGGGGAAGCACGGACACAGAUGAUAUUACUGCGGAGGAGCGUGGAAGGGGCCUCAAGUGACAAUGGCUGUGAAGUGAAGAAUAGAAAAUCAAUACUUUCAAGGCACUUAAAUUCUCAGGUAAAGAAAACCACUACAAAGUGGUGUCAUAUUGUACGGGAUUCAGAUAGUCUGGCUGAAUCAGAAUUUGAAUCAGCAGUCUUCAGCCAGGGCUCUAGAUCUGGUGUGAGUGGUGGCUCUCGAAGUGUCAACAUGUCAAGAAGAGACUCAGAAAGCACCCGCCAUGACUCAGAGACUGAGGAUAUGCUGUGGGACGACCUGCUGCAUGGCCCAGAGUGCCGGUCAUCUGUCACCAGUGACAGUGAGGGGGCCCAUGUGAAUACCCUUCACUCAGGGACCAAACGCGACCCCAAAGAGGAUGUUUUUCAACAGAACCAUUUAUUCUGGCUUCAGAACUCAAGUCCUGCCUCUGAUCGAGUCAGUGCAAUAAUCUGGGAAGGUAAUGAGUGCAAAAAGAUGGAUAUGUCCGUGUUGGAAAUAAGUGGCAUCAUCAUGAGCAGGGUUAAUGCAUAUCAGCAAGGAGUAGGUUAUCAGAUGCUGGGAAAUGUUGUCACCAUUGGAUUAGCAUUUUUUCCUUUUAUACAUCGACUUUUCCGUGAGAAGAGCCUUGACCAACUAAAGUCCAUUUCAGCUGAGGAGAUCUUGACUCUCUUUUGUGGCGCACCACCUGUUACACCUAUUAUUAUUUUGUCUAUAAUUAAUUUUUUUGAAAGAUUGUGUCUUACUUGGAUGUUUUUUUUCAUGAUGUGUGUGGCAGAGAGAACAUAUAAACAGAGAUUUUUAUUUGCAAAACUCUUCAGCCAUAUUACUUCAGCCAGGAAAGCUAGGAAAUAUGAAAUACCUCAUUUCAGACUUAAAAAGGUGGAGAAUAUUAAAAUAUGGUUAUCACUUCGUUCCUAUCUAAAGAGACGGGGUCCACAGCGUUCAGUCGAUGUGGUUGUGUCUUCAGUCUUCUUACUGACACUUUCGAUUGCUUUUAUUUGUUGUGCCCAGGUUCUCCAAGGACAUAAAACUUUCCUGAAUGAUGCUUAUAACUGGGAGUUUUUGAUCUGGGAAACAGCUUUACUACUUUUUUUACUGCGCCUGGCCUCAUUGGGGUCUGAAACCAAUAAGAAAUACAGCAAUGUUUCGAUAUUGCUUACUGAACAGAUUAAUUUAUAUCUUAAGAUGGAAAAAAAGCCAAAUAAGAAAGAACAGCUUACUCUAGUAAACAAUGUAUUAAAGCUGUCCACCAAGUUGUUGAAAGAGCUGGACACACCAUUUAGACUCUAUGGACUGACAAUGAAUCCCUUAAUCUACAAUAUCACAAGAGUAGUUAUCCUUUCUGCUGUCUCAGGUGUUAUAAGUGAUCUUCUAGGAUUUAAUAUAAGACUGUGGAAAAUUAAAUCAUAAGCUGAGUUAAAAGCCUGAACUCUCUCCCCUGGCUGGCAUCAGUACUUACCCAUUACGGAAGGAGCUGACAGCAGAAACUAGUGAGAUACCCACCUGCUUGUUCACGUGCACAGGUGUUCUCAGCUCUGCGAAAUCUAAUGAAUGGUGUUUCCAGAGGAACAAGUCCUUUUCCAACUGGGUGUGCAUGCUAAAAAGCUGUAUUCUCAUGGUUUUCAAAAAUAUGAAUAGUCAGACUAAAGACUGUUACGGUAACACAAGAACAAUUUUCUAAGUUAGGAAAUUUAUUCUGGGUACUUCAGUACUGUGACAGUUAUAUUUACUGGAAAUAGUCUUUUGGGUAACUUUGGUAGAUGCCCAAAGCAUAAAGCAAAUAUCUUUUAUUGGAAAUAUGCAAAUUCAGUACUUUUCUAUUACAGUCUAUGGAAUUGGAGAUUUCAUUUCUCUAUCAAAGAGAGACCAAACAAACUAUUUUAGGUUGAAUGCAAAUAAAAGAACUUUACUGG